CCUGGUUCCCCAUUGGCUGCUCAGCGAAGCCCGGUCUCCGGGUAAGAUGGCAGCGGACGGACAGUGCUCGCUCCCCGCUUCAUGGCGGCCAGUGACCCUCACCCACGUCGAAUAUCCUACAGGUGAUCUCUCUGGCCACCUCCUUGCCUACCUGAGCCUCAGCCCUGUCUUCGUCAUCGUUGGUUUCGUGACCCUCAUCAUAUUCAAGCGGGAGCUGCACACGAUUUCGUUCCUCGGGGGCCUGGCACUGAACGAGGGGGUCAACUGGCUGAUCAAACACGUCAUCCAGGAGCCACGGCCCUGUGGAGGCCCCCACAUGGCAGUGGGCACCAAGUACGGGAUGCCCUCCAGCCAUUCCCAGUUUAUGUGGUUCUUCUCCGUCUAUUCCUUCCUCUUCCUGUAUUUAAGAAUGCACCAAACAAACAACGCCAGGUUCCUGGACUUGCUAUGGAGGCAUGUGCUUUCCCUGGGUCUCCUCGCUGCGGCCUUUCUAGUCUCCUAUAGCAGGGUCUACCUGCUGUACCACACCUGGAGCCAGGUGCUCUAUGGGGGCAUUGCCGGGAGCCUCAUGGCCGUCGCGUGGUUCGCCUUCACCCAGGAGGUCCUCACCCCGCUGUUCCCUAGGAUAGCAGCCUGGCCUAUCUCUGAGUUCUUCCUAAUCCGAGACACGAGCCUCAUCCCCAAUGUACUCUGGUUUGAGUACACGGUAACCCGGGCAGAAGCCAGGAACAGACAGCGUAAGCUGGGAACGAAACUGCAGUGACCUGUGAGUGUGGCUGGGUCCAGCCUCCAGAUCUGGCAUGCUUGAUGCCUUGCAGGAUGGACAGAACGACAGACAGAGGGAUGAAGCAGAGACCUCUACAGACCCAAGUCACCAAGUGGAGCCUUUUUUUUCUUAUUUUAAUUUUAAUGAACAAGGUGGACCAAAGGGCCGAGGCAGCCCCUCAACCCAGGACCCUGGGGGGCCUGCUGCCCAGGGGCCACGUGGCCAGAGACCCUCGCUGUGCUGCUGCCAGCCCCUGGUUGGGCGGUGAGUGCCCUCGGCGUGGGCACCGGGGGGUGGUGUAGAGGAGGAGGGCUUGCACCUCUGGUCGCGGGGCCAGGAGAUCCGGGUGGCGUGAACAAUACACACUAUUUAUUUUUGGGUUUUGUCAAAGGCAGACGGGCUUUUGGAGAUGGGGCCGAGGGAGCCUGCCUGCCUACUGCGGUUGCCCUGCAUACAGGGAGGGGCCGAGGUCAGCCGCCCGGGGGCCCUUUGCCUGGGGCCCAGGGGACACACUGCCUCUCCCUGGGCCAGAAAGGUGGCGUGGGGGCCCCGGAGGAGGGGAGCACCUCCACGCCCUCCCUGCCACCAAUGCCAUUCCAGAACCUUGUUCAGUGUUUCCUUGUCUGGGGGCCAGGGCCCCGUGAGCGCGCGCUUCCGGCCGCUGCUCUCGUUGUGCCCUACCCGUUACUGACCCUGCACCACAAGGGCUUUUUCUGGUCCCCUGUCCCCAAGACGAUGGUCCCCUUCUGACAAAAGAGCCUGCACAUGUGGGUGAGCAAACCCAGGCUGUUUACAGCUCUUUUCCUGUCCUGCCUUCCCGUAGCCGUUCGUUGUCAACUCCUCCCAAACACAGUGCAGAGGAACCAGUUGCCGGGUGAGGGGAGCGGAGCUGUGGGUGCCUGAUGUCACUGUCCUCCCCUCCCCUCCUCUCUUCCUCUUCCCUCCGUGUGCUCUGAACACUCCCUUGUCCUUCUUGACACCCUCCCGAGAGCCUGGGUACUUGCUCAGGCAUCCUUAAGCCUGUGUCCGGGGUGUGGU